UUGUCUUUUUUAUAACAAUAACAAAUAUAUCCUCUUGGCAAAAGAAUCUCUAAAAUGUCUUAAAUUUUCUUAAAUUUUGUUGGUAUCGUGUACAGUUGGUUUGUUUUGUACAUUUGGUUAUGAAAGAGUGUAGUUUAUUGUGUCGAAAUUGCCCGUACGUGAAUGAAAAGAUCAAUGUAAAACACAGAUAUGUUUGUGCGUGUUUGGAGAUUAAUGGUGCUUGAAAUAUUAAAUGGCCAAGAAGAUUAGUUGAUAAUUUCAGGUAUGGUAUUGUUAAUUUUUUUUACUUUUGGUGAUGUAUUUUAGAGUUCAAAACUAGGGUUUUGUUGUAUUUUUUUCAUUAGGUCUAUAUAUAAAAGUUUAAAGUUAGGUAAAACGUUCUUGUAUUGUGAAAUUCAGUUUUCACUUUAUAUAAAGUGCCAUUUUAUGCAUGAGAAAAGAAGUCAUUAUUUAAUUAAAAAAAAGUCUUAUUUAAGUACACAAUUGUAUAAAUGGCCAAAUUCCAAUAAGCUGUGAAUUAUUUUGGACUAAUCUGUCUACUAACAUUGUGACAUGGUUGUCACAUGAAAUCCAUACUUUACCAACCAUGUCACACCAUAUACCAUUGCACACCAUAUACCAUUGCACACCAUACCAUACCAUACCAUGGCACUCAGUAAUGUACCACACCAGACUGUAGCAUAUACACCAUACCAUACCAUGCUCUUCUGUACCAUGUACCAUGUCACACCACAUCAUACCAUUGCACACCAUACCAUACCAUGGCCUAUAGUACUGUACCAUAUCACACUGGAGUGUGCCAUGUACACCAUAUCAUACUAAACCGUACCAUACAUGAGUCACAUGACUCUACUAUUCCAUGUUUUACCAUAUUAUUCUAUGCCAUACCACACCAUAUCAUGGCACACCAUACCAAAACAUACCAUGGCACACCAUGCCAUAUCAUACCAUGCCAUUGCACACCAUACCAUACCAAAGCAUGCCAUUGUAUACCAUACCAUGCCAUUACACACCAUACCAUACAAUGCCAUUGCACAUCAUACCAUGUCAUUACACAACAUUCUGUAUCACACCAUACUAUCAUGACCACACUGUACUGUACUGCACUGCACUGCACUGUACUGGUACUGGUACUGUACUGCACUGCACUGCACUGCACUGCACUGCACUGUACUGUACUGCACUGCACUGCACUGUACUGUACUGGUACUGUACUGCACUGCAUUGUACUGUACUGUACUGCACUGCACUGCACUGUACUGUACUGUACUGGCACUGUACUGCAUUGUACGGAUUAUCCCAGAGCCUUUGUUUCCUUCCCGAGGAUCGCAGGCUCGGGGAACGAGAUUGCACUGCAUUGUACUGCACUGCACUGUACUGCACUGCACUGGUACUGCACUGCACUGUACACUGUACUGCACUGCACUGUACUGGUACUGCACUGCACUGCACUGCACUGUACUGUAUUGUACUGUACUGGUACUGUACUGCACAGCACUGGUACUGUACUGGUACUGUACUGUACUGCACUGCACUGCACUGCACUGCACUGCACUGUACUGCACUGCACUGCACUGCACUGCACUGCACUGCACUGCACUGCACUGCACUGCACUGCACUGCACUGCACUGCACUGCACUGCACUGCACUGCACUGCACUGCACUGCACUGUACUGUCUUUCUAUUCGUUUCUACAUGCACAUAGAAUAAAAUCGCUUGGCAAAAUUGCAGAAACUAUACCAACAACGAAAAUGCAGUACUACACACCACAAGUCAAAUCUCAAAAAAGCAGUUGAGCACACUGAGCUUUCCUAACUAACGAAAUAUAUUUUAUUAGAAAUGAAUUUUAAACAUUAUGUUUCUAGUUAUUAAUUGGAAAAAUGUCUAACAAAAACUCGGAACAAUUAAUGGACAAAUGGUACGAACUGAUUUACAGAAAGCUGAAGGAAAGCGGAAACCUUUUGCGUGUUUCCGAAGAUUUCGCCGAACUUCGCUCAAACCACGAACGCGUUUCGUUCACAUGGAAACUGGACUGCGUUCAAGAAACUUUAGCUACACGAGAAAUGUUUUUAGAAAAAUCUGCAACGAAAUCCAUCUUAGCACGAACGGAGGGCAACAAGGUAUUUCAGAAUAAAAAGUUCAUCGAAGCUUUAAGCCUGUACAACGAAAGCGUCAAAUACGCUCCAAUGUCGAGCGCUGAACCGGAAUUUUCAAUGGCUGUUGCAAACCGUUCUGCUGUUUUAAUACACAUGAAAAAGUACAGUGAGUGUUUACAGGAUAUUGGGCUAGCAUUGAGCUACGGCUAUCCAGACGUUUUGAAGUAUAAAAUCUACGAGCGUCAAGGGAAAUGCUAUUUCUUUCUGCAUUUGCAAUCCCAGGCAUUGGAGAGCUUUAAAAAAGCGAAAGACCAACUCACACUUUCCAACCUAACUCCCGAGAAGACCAACGCAUUUCGACGAAAUUUAGAUUCGUGGAUUAAGAGAAGCAAAGAGGGGUUAAAACAGAAUGAAAACAGUUUCGAGCUCAUCACAGACACAGUAAGGUUUCCAACCCCAUGUCUGACCAAUGAUGUUAAUUCUGUAUUCCCUUGCCUUUCGUCUAAAGUCGAUGUGACUUAUGAUAAUGAGAAAGGUCGCCAUAUUAAAGCUGUCGAAGAAGUGCAGGUCGGUGACGUUGUUGCGGUCGAGAAACCAUAUGCUUCGGUGUUACUCCCCGAGAACUACCCGACGCAUUGCCUGCACUGCCUAAAGCGUGUCCUGGCCCCGCUGCCAUGCCGACAGUGCGCAAGGUUCGGGUUUUGUAGCGAAUCCUGCGAGAGCUUAGCGUGGGCUUACCAUAGAUACGAAUGCAAGUAUUUAGAUUUCCUCGCCGCCUGCGAUAUCGGGAAAUUUGGUUUCCUCGCGCUACGCGUUAUGACCAAAACAACAUGGCCGACUUUGAAAGAGUUCGAUUCGGAAAAGUGCCCCGAGGAACCCACGCUCGAAGAUGGCUCCCCUUCGAAUGGUGUUUAUCGCAAUACGUACUUCGAAAUUUACCACCUAGUCGCUCAUACUGAAGAUAGGUCAACUAGCGACCUUUUCCGUCGAUGUAUUAUGUCCGUUCUGCUUGUGAAAUGCUUGGACGCCGCCGGGUAUUUUGGUCAGCGUGCAUCGCGAGAGGAAUCGAAUGACGUCGUAUGUGUGGGCAGCCAGAUACUGCGCAUGCUUCAGGUACUACCCUGCAACGCCCAUGAGAUAUCGGAGUUCUUACAGAUCGAUAAAGACCUGGUCAACUCUCAUACGAUCGAAAUCGCCGCCGCAAUUUAUGCGACUUUCAGUCUAUUCAACCACUGCUGUGAUCCGUGCGUCACGCGCAAUUUCUACGGAGAUACUUGCGUCAUGCGUUCAAUUCAAACUAUCCCCAAAGGAGACGAAGUUUUGGACAACUACGGUUACGUAUCCGCCGUAACUCCGUUGGCAGAACGACAAGCCGAGCUGAAGAAACAGUAUUAUUUCGCGUGCUCUUGCUGGGCUUGUGCGGAAGGCUGGCCUUUGUAUGCAGAAUUGGAAUCGCGCGUGCCAAUCUUGAAAUGCCGGCGUUGUCAUCAGCGCGUUCCGUCCGACGCGCAGUCGGUGUAUCAAUGCUGGUUUUGUAAAGAAGAAAUGAACGUCCAGGCUAGAUUCAGUGAAGUUUACGAUGCCGGCGCCUGCCUUAAAGUUGGCAUAGAUAAGAUGAUUGAAGGGGACGAUAAAACGGCUCUGCCUCAGUUGAUUGCAUGUAUCGAGCGGUUAGAUCACUGUGUCAGCCGACCCUGGCAGGACAUUAACUCGUGUCAACAGGGUAUCAUACAGUGUUACAAUGUGUUACAAAGCAAUAGACAUGUUGUACGUAGAUAGGCAGACACUACUGACACACGGGACACAAAUUUUAGUUGGAAGUAUAGUUAGCAAUAAGGAUUAUAACUCAUUUGAAUAAAAAUUAAAAAACAC